AUGGAGCCGACGCUUGCGCGGAACAAGAAAGCCGAGCGCGGUUCUACGCGAUCGUCGACCUCGAGGAAUCGGUUUUCCUCGCGAAACACGCGCUCGGAAGCUUUCUACGCUGCCGCGGAACCGUUAUCCGUUCGACGCGCGUUGCAUAAUUCCGCUGGCCCAGACCCAGAUACGAAUUCCGCUCCGAAUUCCAGCGGAUCGACGGAACGCGUUAGGAGGUACCACUCUUCCGCUCGUCCGAGGUACCUGGACCCGGAGUAUCACCCGUCGGACUACAAACACCCUGUCAAGGAGAGCUUCCAUACGGUUCCGAGGGACGUAGCGGUGUCCCGGAAGGAAAUCCUGAAGAGAUACAACAGAGACAGGGAUGAGAAAGAGGAUCCAUCAGCGAGAAGAAGAAGAUCCAUAGAUGUGGACAGGGAUCAGGUGGAAAGACCAAAGACUCUACCCUCCAUAGGUAGGAGGGCUCAUAAGGACUCAAUCCGGGUGGCGCAAUCUCAUCAAGGUGUCAGAAAAGUGUCCAGGCAUGAUAUUAUCCAGAGACGAGCCAGCGUAGACGUUCCAAUCGCCUCCUCCCGUGGCAGGCAUCACGGAGAGGAGAAGCUAGAAAGUUCAGAGGCGAAAGGUGGCACCUCCACCGGUUUCUCGAAGAACGCGCCGCGGAACACCGGGUGGGGCAGAGAAGAUGAGAGAGAGUCCAGGUCGGCCUGUGAUUUCCUGGCAGUCACCAACAAGCUGCAGGACAUUAACCGCGGCCUUGUGCCGAGACCGUCGACCUUGCCCAAGAUUGUUCACGCAUCGAGGACGUCCAGGUUAACGGAGGAUUGGGCCAGCCCUAGGCUGGCCAAGGACGUAGCGAGGAAGGAACCACCGGUCUACGGGAGGAUUCGAAGAAGGAAGACGUCACUGCCGACCAGCGCCGGCACCGUCAGAGGUUCCUUGGUGUCUCUGAACGGUUCGAACAGAUACCCCAGACCUGGACACUCGCAGGUCAGAGAAAGAGCCGUGGAUGUGGAGUUCAAAACAACCACCAGACACCUUCGCGAUCCUGUACCGGAUACACCCUACUACCCAGCGACCUUGCCUUUGGUGGACAUGCGAACCAACCCUCGUAGAAAUGCGCUUUACGCCAAAGUGUCUCGAAAGACGUCGAAGAGUGCUCAGGGUUCUGAUAACAAGACUGAUUCGAAAGAUGGUAUUGACGGUAGGGUCGAUGUAGAAACUGGACAACGGACCAUUUCCAGAAAGAGGAUCAUAGAGAACAUGAAGGACACUUCGGUGGAUAGGAAGAACGCUAAGUCGGUUGAAGACUCUGUGGAAAUUCAGUCCGAAUUUCCGUCAGAAAGUCAGUCGUACCGGAGCAAGGAGUCUGAUGUCCAGGAGAAGAAGGAUUUGUCGAAAUGUGAAACUGAUGCCAGAGAUUCACGGUUGGAUAGUGAUAGAACGAAAUGUAAAGAGUUAGCGAAGCGUAGAUCGAAGUCUCAGAGCAGGUUGAUGGAAAACUUUCGCUCGGCCCAUCGAGAGACCGGCGCGGUCACCAGACUCGCGACCACUCUUCCCAGUUAUGUGAAAAGUUCGAGAAAGUGUUCGACAGAGAGCCCACCAGGGAUCGAGUGUCAUGGAAAACUGAGUAAAGAGACUGCGAUCUCGACGAAGCAGAGUAAAGAAAGGUCGAAUUAUGUGAAAAAGUCGAAUAGUCAUGUUAGAGCUUUCAGCGAUGCUAAUAGUGGACGUUCUAGUUCACCAGUUACAACCUCCUCGAUUUUCGGAUUUUGUACUGGAAAGAGGAAAGUUCAGUCUUCUUCUAAUGGUGCAGCGAAAAUUGAAACUGUGUCGUCUCCAACAUGGAACGUGAAAACGGGUGAAUUGGUGUGGUUCGACCCAGGUGUCGGCCACGUGUUACCAGGAGAAGUGUUGGAGUACCACAGAGCUGCGAAUGUUCUGUCAGUGCAAGCAGUGAUUGCUGGCAAGCCACAGAUAUUCACCCUAACUAAUUUAAGCGGAGUGAAACCGAGACAAGAUCUUGGCCAAAAUGGAGUUGAGGAUAUGAUUCAGUUAACCGACCUGAACGAAGCCUCAUUAUUAUGGAACCUGAAGAUUCGGUACGACAAGGAAUUAAUAUACACGUACACGGGGAGCAUCCUAGUAGCGGUGAAUCCCUAUAAAAUGUUUGAUAUUUAUGGCUUGGACCAGGUGAAACUCUAUGAAGGACGAAUACUUGGAACCUUGCCACCUCAUCUGUUUGCUGUCGGUUCGUCCGCGUACAGUCAAGUAACUGCAGCAAAUAAUGCUAGCGCGAAUCAGGUGGUGGUUAUUUCCGGUGAAUCCGGUUCGGGAAAAACGGAAUCCACGAAACUUGUAAUGCAGUACCUAGCUGCUGUUAAUCGAGCACCAAACAAUCUGGUCACGGAACAAAUUCUCGAGGCAACGCCCUUAUUAGAGAGCUUUGGAAAUGCUAAAACACCGAGGAAUGACAACAGUAGCAGAUUUGGAAAAUAUUUAGAAGUUUAUUUUAGAGAUGGAGUGAUCGUAGGUGGAAGAAUAACUCAGUAUCUGUUAGAAAAAAGCAGAAUAGUCACCCAAGCGUCAGAAGAAAGAAAUUACCACGUGUUUUACGAGCUUCUAGCCGGUCUUGAUCAGCAGCUCAGGGACAAGUAUGGAUUGCUGACGCCGGAUAAAUACUUUUACUUAAACCAGGGUGGAAACUGUGAAAUUGAUGGGAAGAGUGACGUCCAGGACUUCAAGGCACUUUUGUCAGCAAUGCAAGUUCUGGGCUUUACGUCAGAAGAGCAGGAUACAAUUUUCAAGAUUCUAGCUAGUGUUUUACACCUUGGCAAUGUUUAUUUUCACCGGAAGCAGAUGAGACAUGGUCAGGAAGGGGUUGAGGUUGGUUCGGAUGCGGAGAUACGUUGGGCUGCCCAUCUUCUUCAAGUGAAUUCUGAUGGGAUUAUUAGAGCACUUACCACAAAAACGACGGAAGCAAGAAAUGAAAGGGUAUUCACGGCACUAAACAUUGAUCAAGCUUUGGAUGCCAGGGAUGCAUUCGCCAAGGCUUUGUACAAUUCUCUGUUCUCAUGGCUAGUAGCUCGUGUGAAUCAUAUAGUUUAUAAAGGAACGAAACAAACUGCUGCCAUUUCGAUACUCGAUAUUUUUGGAUUUGAAAAUUUCACCGAAAACAGCCUGGAACAACUCUGCAUUAAUUAUGCAAAUGAGAAUCUUCAAUUUUAUUUUAAUAAGCAUAUAUUCAAAUUGGAGCAGCAAGAGUAUGCGAAGGAGAAAAUUGAUUGGACUACUAUUAAUUACACAGAUAAUUUGCCAGUGAUUCACCUAAUCGCGAAGAAACCAGUUGGUAUUCUUCAUCUCCUGGAUGAUGAAAGCAAUUUCCCUAAAGCUACAGAUCUUUCGUUCCUGGAAAAGUGUCAUUACAAUCACGCACUAAGCGAAUUGUACUCAAGACCAAGAAUGAAUUCUGCUGAAUUCGCGAUUAAACACUAUGCUGGCCAAGUUUGGUACAACGUUGAAGGUUUCUUGGAUAAGAACAGGGACACCCUGAGACCAGAUGUCGUGGAGUUAUUAAUAAGCAGUAAAAUAUCUAUGGUCAGCAAAAUGUUCCAGCACGUAAGGACAACCCAUGAAGCGAAUAAAACCAUGAAUAAACCAAAUGGUAGAUUUGUCACCAUGAAACCUAGAACACCAACGGUAUCUGCUCGGUUUCACGACAGUUUACAGCAGCUUCUGGAUUCCAUGUCUCAAUGUAACCCAUGGUUCGUUCGGUGCAUAAAACCAAACACAGAAAAAGCCCCCAUGAAAUUCGACAUGCCCUGUGUGCUGGAACAACUACGAUACACUGGAAUGCUAGAAACGAUUCGAAUUCGAAAAACUGGUUACCCGGUUCGACUUCUUUUCGGACAUUUCGUGGAUCGGUACAGAUAUCUGGUUUCCACCCAUCUGCCCAGAGGAGCACCCAACAAGGAGCUUUGUCGAAUUAUUUUGGACAAAGCUGCGCCCAAGGAAGCUCAAUCCCAGUAUCAAUUAGGAUUAACAAGGGUGUUUUUAAGAGAAUCUUUGGAAAGAACUUUGGAAUACAAUAGGGCAUUGAUUUUGGAAAGGGCUGCCAUAACUGUCCAAAGGUAUACUAGAGGAUUCCUCGCGAGAAGAAGAUUCUUAAACAUCUCACGUAGCACAGUGCUAAUUCAAGCGGUUUAUCGCGGUUAUCGCGAAAGGAAGAAGUACAAAGCGUUGAAAAAAGCGGCGCUAAUGGGACAGAAGAUAUACAGAGGUAAAAAGCAACGUGAAAAGUUUAAGGUAUUGAAGGAGGAAAUGGCGAAGAGGGCGGAAAUUGAAAGAGCUAGCAAAGAACGCGCCAAAGCAAAACAACAGAGGGAGGAGCAAGAAAGAACCUCCAGAGCAGUGGCUGGUGUGAAUCAUUUAGAAAUUCCUGCUGAACUUGCAUUCAUCUACAGUAAACUUGAUGAUUGGCAACCCACUCAUACAGAAAGAAAUCUGUUAAAAGUGGUGGGUCAAGUGAUACCCAUGCAUCUCAAUUACAGUUUACCAAACGACAUUGAUCAGCAUCAAUUCUCAAAAUUCACUAAUAUCUACUUUAAGAGUCACAUCUUUGGUAUGAAACGAGAGCCAAUAAAGACCCCGUUCCUAGCCAAAGCCAGAGAUCAAGAUUACACUGAUUCAUUGAUGAUCUUCAAAAUGAUCCUUCGUUUCAUGAAUGAAAACAAUUUAAGUGGCAAAAGGGAGCAAGCAUUAGGAGACUAUAUUGUGAACAAAGGAAUCGUGAAUGAAAAAUUGAGAGAUGAAAUUCUGUGCCAAUUGGCUAAUCAAACAUGGAAGAAUGAAAAUGAUGCUAAUAAAGAAAGAGGAUGGUUGUUGCUAUCAAAUUGUCUGUCAGCCUUUCAACCAUCUUCAACCCUUUUCAAGUAUUUCUUGAAAUACGUGUCUGAUCAUGCGUAUGAUGGGUAUAAAGCUUACUGUCAAAGGAAACUUUUGCAAGGAGAAAGAACGAUAUUUAGAAUAAUGAGCAAUAAUCAGCAAAUUGUUCAUCAUGUACCUAGAAAUUAUCCUCCGUGUGUGUUGGAAUGGAGAGCGAACAGGAAUCGUGUUAAUAUGGCUCUCAGUGUAGGAUUCUACGAUGGUGAGAUAGUCACCUGUGCUGUGGAUUCAUGGACAACGUGCGAGGAAUUAGCAAACCUUGCUGUCCACAACCAUGGGGUGGAUAAUUCUGGUUGGACCAUUACCUUAUGGAAUCAACUGGACGGUCCGGAUGCCAUUGUAACAGAAACCAAUGGAUUCGACUACGUGCUGGAUUUAAUUUCAGAAAUGGAGCUGGCUCCAGCAUUCCCAGCUGCCAAGCACAUGUUCUUGGAACAACGAAAGAACAGUUACCCACCAAUUAAAAAGAGAGAACAUGCACAGAUUAUUCGAGAGUUGGAGCAGGAAAUAGAGCCGCCUGUUUUGAAAACCUUCCAACCUUUGGAACGGAAGACGGUGCCUAAGGUUAUAGACAAACCGGUGGAAGCGGAAAUUCAGUCGCCUAGGAGGCCGGCUGUUCCUCCCCCGCAACCGCCUGUAGCUAAGCCAUCGAUGAGGAAACAAUCACACGAAGGAAUCCUAGAAACAACGACAGACACCGGCCUCUCCCGGAAAUCUGCUCUAAACGACAGAUACUUCGAAAAAGAGAAACAACGUAGCCGUAGUCUGGACAACUUACUCCAACCGGAAGUAGUAGCUCCACCAGUGAAACUAGCGAAUCUCGGGUUAUCAUCGUCGAAAUUAAACGAACGUUACCAUAGUUUGGAAAGAAUAGGUGAAACGUCUGCAGUGAGCAAUGUGGAAUACAUGACGAGGAAUGAAAUCUCGCAAGAAAGAAAAUAUAGUAGGAUAACUAGGACAACGGAACCGAAUAUCGAAGAAGAAGAUCUGACUAUUGAUUUUGAGUAUCCGGAUAUUCAAUCGGUCAGUCAGACUGGAAGAUCCGAGGAUGAUAAGAGCAGCUAUAUCAGGUCUCAGACUAGAUUUAUCAAAUCACAAUAUCCUGGUAAACGAGCAUUGCCAGGCAGUCAAUCGAGUCGUGCCUACAUCGAGAAAAGCGAGUACGGUGUGAAAUCUUCAGCCAUGUCUGACACAAGCGAAGCUCCUUCCCUGGCAUCCCACGUCAGACGUGUCAGGGUACCUAGUCAAGCUUCGGACGUGGAUCAGUUCCUGGACGAAUUAUUCAUGCCAGUUCUCGAUGGAAAUUUAGACGAGCUAUCUGAUGCCAGAAGUUUGGCAGCCAGUAUCAAAGGUACAAAAGAAGAUAGAUCUCAGAGCGAUGCCAUAAUCCUCGAAGCUCUAGAAGGAGAUCACGAAGAAGUUCCCCAAACAGUGAAUGACUUUAUUCAAAAAAUGAUGAAUAAUAGCAAAAAUGAAAUGAUUACUGCUGAAGAAUUAUCAAAGAAGAUCAAAGGUGGAGGAAACAUGGAUAUACCAAAUCAGAACGCGAAUUUUAAUUUCGGUGCCAUUACACCGGGAAUGAUGUCACCACCUAUGAUGAUGCCAAUGUUUAGUUCACCUCAACAAGUCCCCCCUGCACAGAGCACCAGUAUGAAUAUGAAUCCCGGAUUCAUGCCAAUUCCAAUUUACAGCAUGCAGGGACUCAGUCUUCCUCAGUAUCCUAAUUCACCUCCUAAUCCAAACAACGACAUGAUGGCCUAUCAGCAGAACUUGCAGAGAGCCUUUCUGCAGAGUGCCAUGGCGCAGAAUAUACAGAUUCAACAGCAAUUGUUAGCGCAGAAUCAGGCUCUUCAGCAACUGCUCGUGCAGAGCCCUCAGAAUUCGUCCCAACAACCGGGCACGGUGUUGUCCGCAGGCCCCUCCAGUAUGAAUCUUGUUCCCCCAGCCCCCCAAAACGGUGCCCAAAUGGGGCCUAAUGAUUCUAUUGGACGCUACUCUAAGGUGUCGUUCAGAGAACCAGAAGAUGGCGAACUUUGGUCGACAGAGAAGCAAUCAGCCCCACAGUCAUUGCUCAACAAUCAACGUCAGGAAGUGACUGUUAAAGCUCAAAUUCAUCGUUCUCAGAGUCCACCGAGGAAAAAUUCCGAAAUGGUGCGGAAAACUAGCGUUGAAUACGCGGUGAAGAAAGUGAUCGUUGAAAGAAAGGCAGGUGACAAAAAGUCAUCCGGUGCGAUGGAGCCUAAGAGGACGAAUUCGAACAAGAAUAAUGUACAAAGUAAUUUUACAAACGUGUUGAGUGAAUUGAAAAAUCGUAAAAGCAGUGUGGAUAGUAAUUUAUCGAAUUCGAGUAAUAAUAAGGGUGUGCCACCCCCUCCGCCCAUGCCACCCCCUUUGGAAUCGCAUGAUCCUUCGGAAUCGAGGCCAUUUUUGGAUCCUUAUGGAAGAGCCAAGACGGUUCGAAUUGGCAAAUGGAGAUGGCCACCACCGAGCGAUUCAAAUGAAAAUCAGAGCCAAGACAGUUUCAUUGAAUUCAAAAUGCGCCAACAACAUCAGCAACGUAAAAUCACUCCUCAGUAUCAAGAAUACAACCAAGGUGACGGAGAACCCAGCACAGAGGGUGCUGUAGAAUGGGAAGAAUUUGAAAUUGAAAAUAUUGUUGGAAUGGAAGACAAGAUAACGAGUCAUGCACCUAUUCUCAACAAACAUGAGAAUGGAUAUAAAGAAGAAGGGGAGAAGAAGAAGAAAAAAUCCAAGUCUGGGUUAGAAGUAGGUGCACAAAGACCAUCACCAGGUAGCAUAGGAAAAUUGAAGCUCAGUUCAGAAAUGCGUCAAAGAUUGGAGAAGGUGACAGCGAAUCAUAGUGUUAGAUCCACGAAGACGAAUGAGAAACCUGCUCUUCCUCGUGAGGAUGGGAAAGUGAAGCGUUUGGAGGAUAAUAGGAAGCUUCUACUUGAACAGCAAUUAGGAGGACGAUGGGACGAUUAUGCUUCCACAGCCGACGACACUCAAAGCGUGACUUCAAAAGGAACAACAGACAUGAUGACUCAAGCGCAAGUAGUCAGAACUCAAAUUGAAAGGAUGGAAAGACCUGUGCCACCUCCGCUUCCGAUUACACCUCCGCAACCUCCUAGUCCCAGAGGUGGCAGCAUGUACAGCAAUAGUCAAUCUGGAGUAGCUCAACCAAGGUCACCACCAGCCCCAGUGGAGCCAAAAGCUCGAGAUUCCUUCAGAGCAUCCCCGGACUCGGAAGCCUUCGACCAUUUUGCGAAAAACCAACGCGACAUGUUCAGUCAAAGCCGAGAUAUAUUCGCGUCUCAGCAACAUCUGAGAGAGAAUCACGAGUACAGGAACGAUUUCGAGAAAUCUCGUUCGCAGGAUCAGAAGUCCAAAGACUUUUACGGGAAAGACAGCACCGAUUUAGCGAGUUCAGCUCGCGACAGAAGCUCAGAUUUCGAUUCACGUCGCGACUUGAAUUCCGACAUCUUCGAUCCCAAAUACGCGAGGGACAUAUUCGAGAACUCGAAUUCCAAGAGAGACCCAUUCGGAAUGACCAGAGACGUGUCACCCAAGUCACGUGACAGUUUUGGCAUGCCAUCGUCGAGAGACUUUGGCGUGAUGCCAAAUACGAGAGAAUCCUUCGUGGCUGCUCGACAAAGUUUCAAAAAGUUGGAUCGUGAAGUGGAUAGAAGAUCCAGCAUAGCAUCGACCCAUCGUACCGAUAAAAUGGAGAGGAUUGAGAUCGAAGAAUGGCCAGAGUUUCUGAGACCUGUGAUGCCACCGGCUGAGAAGCCGGAGAUAGAAAAGGUUCAGGAAGUCGUGAAUACUAAAUUGUAUCCUCAAACAUCCACUGCUCAUUUCACGUAUAACAGAGUUACGUGGACGUUGAGGGUGAAAAAGGAAGUGUUUGCACCGAAUGAGACGUUGAACAGUCCUUUGGCACUGCAUUUAGUGUUUUGUCAAGUGGCUUAUGAUGUCCUGGCCACGUCCAGUAUUAGGAUCACUAAAGAGGAUAGGCAGAAUAUGCUGAAGAUGUUGGAUAACUAUGGGGUGACUUUGGAUAAUCUACAGAGUACUCAGCAUAAGAUUACUAUUAAGAAGAACGUUGUUGACAUGGCGAAACAGUGGCCUUUGUAUUUUGCUAGGAUAUUCCCUGUAUCGAUUGGACCUCAACAUCCGGAAACUCAACAUGUGGCGGUAUCUCAUCAUGGUCUGCGAUUGAUAAAACGCACUCCAAACGGUGACCUUGUUAUCCUGGAGACUCUGCCUCUCGAGGACAUCGUCUCCGUGAGUUCACCCAGGGCUGGUGUAUGUGUCAUGCAAAUUGCAUCUGGUGUCAGGCUACCAUUACACACUAAUCGGGCGCCUCAGUUAACCGAGAUGAUCAACACUUACAUCAGAUUGGUCGAGCAGAAGCCAUUGCACAAGCCGAAUCAUCACGAGAAUCAUGUAUCUCAGAUCACGAAAUCGAUUCAGUCGCAGACGAAUCAUGGCACGCCGAAUCAUGUACAAUCUCACGGUCAAUCUAAUCAUGUUGUAUCGAACCACGAGAACCACGUGUCUGCGAGUCGUGUGCCGAACCACGUGUCGGCAACGAACCAGACGAACCAUCAGAAAAACCAGCUAAACCAACGACUCAGCCCGAACCAAGAAUGGAGGCAACCGGAAGACAACGGCAGACUACAAGAAGAUGGGAUCUACGAGAGCGGACCGGUGGUCAACGAUGGAAAACACUCUCUGUUACAAUAUGCCAUGCUCAAUUUCAGGCAAAGCACCGAAAAGUUUGAGAUGCUGAAAACAGCAGAUGGUUCUAUAAGUGGCUCACUUAAGGUGAUUGAGUCCCUGAAGAGUAAGAAAAAGAAUAAGAAGAGCAAGGGUCAACAAGAUGGAGCAGAAUGGACUUGGAAGGAACAGGUGGAUCUUGUAAAAUACUCAGCUGUGCCAAUAGAGCAAAGUCUGUUAAGGCUGGAUGCAGAUUUGAGUGCCUUAGCCGUAGAGUGCUUCCUAUGUCUGAUGAGAUACAUGGGUGAUCAGCCAUUACCUCCAGACACUAGCGAAGUUAAAUGUGUCUACACUAUUCUGAUGCACUGUCACAAAUAUGAACUCCUUAGAGAUGAAGUGUACUGUCAGUUGAUGAAACAAACUACCAAUAACAAGAGCCCAAACCCUGAUAGUUGUCAGCGUGGAUGGAGAAUUUUUAGCAUAGUUGCUGCCUAUUUCACCUGCAGUGAUGGCCUAAGACCUUAUCUUACUAAAUAUCUUGAAACUGCUGCCUAUGAUAAAAGAAGAGCGUACCAUGGAACAGCCACGGUAUGUCUACAGAAUCUCAGGAAAACAGUUAAAUAUGGAGGAAGGAAGAACGUGCCUAGUGUAGAUGAGAUCAUGGCCAUCAGUGCUGGCAGGAAUGCAAAGAGACAGAUUUAUAGACUUCCAGGUGGAACAGAGAGGGUUAUCAACACAAAAUGUACUACUGUUGUGCAGGAUGUUAUCGAGGAGAUGUGCAACAUAAUAUCCGUCAGGAAUCCCCACGAAAUGGAUGAAUUUUCAUUAUACUGUAUCGUCGAUGGUGAUGCGUUUACUAUGCCAUUAGCAAGAGAUGAAUACGUUUUAGAUGUAACUACGGAACUUCAUAAAAAUCAUCAAGUGUUCUACCUAAUAUUCUGCAGAUCGGUUUGGUACUAUCCCCUCAGACUGGAUGCACCACUGUACAUAGAAGUUGUGUUCAAUCAAAUUGCUCCAGAUUAUUUAGAAGGCCUUCUAUUGGUCUUACCUGGGGAACAUUUACCUCAAGAAGUCAUAUAUGAUAUGGCACAAAUAGCAGCUCUUUUACAUAGGGCAGCAGAUAUGACCCACGAACCGACUACCAAGGAAAUUAAAUAUUUAUUACCAAAACCAGUGCUCAGUUUAAGAGAUCCACGACCUCAACAAUGGGCAAACAUGGUCCAGCAAGCAUGGAACAAUGUACAACAUAAUACAGUUGCUGCUUGCAAGGCUCAAGUACUCGAAAUUUUGUGGAAGUGGCCAUUAUUCGGGUCCAGUUUCUUCGCCGUGAAAAGGGUGCCGGAAGGUAAAGAAAAGGGUGGGGAUCAUAUUUUAGCAUUGAACAGACACGGAGUGCACUUUAUUGAUUUAAUUACACACGAAACAUUGUACCACUACCCGUAUUCCGAGGUUAUCUCCACCAGGAAAGUGAAAUCCGAAGAGGGAACCCUUUAUUUGGACAUGAAAUGUGGCAAUUUGAUGCAGCAACGUAUAACAAGGCUCCAAACAGAACAAGCUCACGAAAUAUCGCGAUUAAUUAGACAAUACAUCACCAUGGAACAACGAGCAACCAAUGCUCAAGGCUCUGGAAUUGGAUUUGGCAUGAGAUAAAAUUUUCUAGCUGCAUCAUAAUAUUGUUUAAAUUCAAUUAAUCACAAAUCUAUGCUCUUUCAUCAAUGAUCGAUUAAAUAACAAGAGCAUUGUAAAUAGAAAUUUAACAGUAACAAUUGUAAGUCAAAAGAAGGUAGUGACUAUUUUGUUGGAUGAAGGAAGAUAAAUUUUGUUGUACAUAGAAAUUUAUUCAGAAUUACCACAAAACUAAGAAAAACAAAUAUCAAUCAUUUUAUUCUUAAGAAUUCUGAAUAUUUUAAGGAGAGGCUAUUUCGAAGAGAGAUUAUUUCAUCAAUGAAAGAAUGAAAUAAAUUUCCUUCCUUGAAAUGGUUUCUUCAUCGCCAAUGAACCAGACGACAAAAACUUUUUCUAGAAGAAAAAACUAUAAAUUUAAUCUUUUGUUAUUUAUUUAUUAACGAAUUUGGUUGAGAUUAUGGAGAAAACAAGAAUACCAUUCGAAAGUCUUGUAAAUACAUCUAGUUAGUUGCUGAAAAAUAAGAAGAAUAAACAAAAGCACAAUAAACAUUCUCAACAAUAAUCUAACAACAUUCAAUGACUUUUCAAGGGAAUUUUUUUACAUGAAUGAACAAGUAGAAGGUAGUAGUAUAGAUCCAACAACAGUCCAAUUUACAGUAACAAUUUAUUAUUAAUCUUAAGAGAGACUAAUUAUACAGUCUUGAAAAGAAGAAACCUUUGAUUUUCUUCUGUAAAGUACAGAGGAUGUUAAUGAAGAAGAUGAAGAAUGCUCAAGUAUCUAAGCAAUUAUUCUCGACUCUGUAAAUACGCGUUUAGAAACGUUUAGAGAAAGAGAGAACCGAGUGAAAGAAGAUAGUUAGUUUGAUUUUCAAGAAUAAAUCGAGAGUCCUUCCGGUUAGUUUCUUUUUUCUUUUCUCUCCUUGUGACGACAAGUUUCAUGAAAUCAAAAUGAAAAAAAUUGUUGAUCACGUUGGAUGAUAAAUAUUGAUGUUGAAUAGCAUCGAUUUAUUUAUACAGAAGUGUAAGAAAAAGCAACGACACGGUAGAGUAAUCUAAACGAUUUGUAAAUCCGAUUAAUGAUUAAUCUUAGCGAGUACGUUCCGAUGGAGACUAACAAGCUGCGGUUAUAUUGUUUAUCACAAGAUGACAUUAUUAUUAAUAAUUGUAUGUAUGCGUAUUGAUGUGAACGGAGGUGUUGAUACUUUAUAUUAAAAAGUUUCUACAUAUA